GCGCGUUGCCAGGAGACCCAGGGCUCGCGGGGGAGGGGAGAGAGCGGAGGGAGAGGAGGGAGGGGGGGUUACGUGGUGACGUUAAUUCUAUAUGAGCGCGAGCGGCGGGAGCUCGGGUCUUUUUACCGCCAGCCGCGCGGCGCCUCCUCCUCGCUCCUGAGUCACCGCCAGCCCCGGCCCGCGCAGAUUUGAAUUGAAACUUCUGGAUCACUUUUCUAAUCAUGAAAGAUCACCCUGAAUAGAAAUUGGGUUUGAAAUCUAGAAGAAUGGCAAACAUAGACAACAAAGAACAGUCUGAACUUGAUCAACAGGAUAUGGAAGAUGUUGAAGAAGUAGAAGAUGAUGAAACUGGUGAAGACGCCAACAACAAAGCUCGGCAGUUGACUGUGCAGAUGAUGCAAAAUCCUCAGAUUCUUGCAGCCCUUCAGGAAAGACUUGAUGGUCUGGUAGGAACAUCUACAGGAUAUAUAGAAAGCUUGCCAAAAGUUGUUAAAAGACGUGUGAAUGCUCUCAAGAACCUUCAAGUUCAAUGUGCACAGAUAGAAGCAAAAUUCUAUGAGGAAGUUCACGAGCUGGAAAGAAAGUAUGCUGCUCUCUAUCAACCCUUAUUUGACAAGCGAAGUGAAAUCAUCAAUGCAAUUUAUGAACCUACAGAGGAAGAAUGUGAAUGGAAAGCAGAUGCUGAAGAAGACAUUUCAGAGGAAAUGAAAGAUAAAGCCAAGCUUGAAGAGGAAAAAAAAGAUGAAGAAAAAGAAGACCCUAAAGGAAUUCCUGAGUUUUGGCUGACAGUAUUCAAGAAUGUGGACUUGCUCAGUGAUAUGGUUCAGGAACAUGAUGAACCUAUCCUGAAACACUUAAAAGAUAUCAAAGUGAAGUUUUCAGAAGUUGGACAGCCUAUGAGUUUCACAUUAGAAUUUCAUUUUGAACCAAAUGACUACUUCACAAAUGAAGUGUUGACAAAGACGUAUAGAAUGAGGUCAGAGCCAGAUGAUUCUGAUCCCUUUUCCUUUGAUGGACCAGAAAUCAUGGGUUGUACAGGUUGCCAAAUAGACUGGAAGAAAGGGAAGAAUGUUACUUUGAAAACCAUUAAGAAGAAGCAGAAACAUAAGGGUCGUGGAACAGUUAGAACCGUGACAAAAACUGUUUCUAAUGAUUCUUUCUUCAACUUCUUUAGUCCUCCUGAAGUUCCUGAAAGUGGAGACCUGGAUGAUGAUGCUGAGGCAAUCCUCGCUGCAGACUUUGAAAUAGGCCAUUUCUUGCGUGAACGUAUAGUUCCCCGAUCAGUAUUGUACUUCACAGGAGAAGCUAUUGAAGAUGAUGAUGAAGAUUAUGAUGAGGAAGGUGAAGAGGCAGAUGAUGAGGAGGGGGAAGAGGAGGCAGAUGAAGAACAUGAUCCUGAAUAUGACCCAAAAAAGGAUCAAAACCCAGCAGAAUGCAAGCAGCAGUGAAGCAGUGUGUAUGUGGCCUUGAGGAUUACCUGCACUGUAAUAGCCUAAACACAACUAUUAGUUACUUACAGCCUUAUGUUUUGUAUCUUGGUAGAAAUAAGUAACCAAUUUGUUAAAAAAAAAAUAAAAAUUGAACACAUAAGAACCAGUUUAAAAUGUAGGUUCAAUCUACCUAGCAUUUUAACAGUAUAAUUUUCUGCCAAUAUGUAGAAUGCAGUAAAUCCCCUAAAGCAUGAAUGUUAAUUCAUUGCUACAUAGUUUGGUUCUUGUGAAGUCUUUGUCAUGUAGCUAUUAGACUGCAGCUGUGAAGAUUAUCAGAACUGUUAACUGAGACCAAUAUUUCUUUAGAGAAAACUCUCUCCUGAAGAAUCAACCAAAGUAUUUUUCAGCCCAGUAGUCUGAAUGGGUUUAAGUCUGCUUGCACUAGCUGUGCCUUCAUUACCUUGUUAUAGAAAUGGCAGUGACUUGUACUAACUAGGAGAUGAUGAUGCAUUUUGAAUUUGACUACUUGAGAAGACUAGUAUAACUUGUUUAAUUUCCAACGAGACCACAUUAAACAUUCAUAACUGUCAGCUUGUUUAUGCUAUGGGUUUUGUAUUUUAUGUGACAUAGUGAUCUACAAAAGAAACCUAGUCAUCAUAUUAAGGUUAUUGUUUACCACUGGGGUGUGAAUAAAACCUAGUAUUUUCAAAA